CUUAAAUUAAUCUUAUCUGAUUUAUUUAUAGAUAUAUUAAAGAAAUCCGUUCAAUUUAUGUUUAUUUUAACAAUGAAGCUGUUGACGACAAUUACAGUACUUUCACUAGUUGCGCAAUUUUUGAACGCGCAAGACUGCCUUAGCAGAGAUUUUAAUAACGGUGGAACCGUUUGCGUUUGCAACAUUGACCAUUGCGAUACAUUAAAACCAAUUGAAAAGGUAGAAAAAUCCAAAUUUAUUAAAGUUACAUCAAACCAGGCAGGUUUAAGAUUCCAAACAGAAGUUGGUCAAUUCGAAAAACAAAGUUUGACAGCUGAAAAUGUUAUCGAGAUUGGAACAGAAAAGUACCAAGAGAUCUUUGGUUUCGGUGGAGCUUUCACUGAUUCUACAGGUAUUAAUAUUAAAUCAGUAAAUGAAGAUUUGGGAAAUAAAAUAUUAAGUGCAUACUUCUCCGACGAUGGCCUUGAAUACAACGUAGGUAGAGUUCCUAUAGGAGGCACCGAUUUUUCCCUGAAAGGUUAUUCCUACUGCGAUACGCCUAAUGAUACCCCUGAUCCUGAUUUAACAAAUUUUGAAUUACAACCUGAAGAUUUCGAAUUUAAGAUUUCAAUGAUUCACAAAGCAUUAAAACUCAGAAACAACAAACUUGAUUUAUUCGCUUCAGCCUGGAUAGCACCUAACUGGAUGAAAACCAUUCCUGGAUUCUCUGCCAGAAAUUCUUACCUCAAAGACGAUAUGUACCAACCAUGGGCAGAAUAUUUUAUAAAAUUUUUGGAUAGUUACAAGCAGAAUAAUAUUUCGUUUUGGGGUAUAACUACUGGUAAUGAACCAAAAACAGCUUUAGGUGACAAUAAGAUACCAUCUGUCGCAUGGUAUGACGAUGGAAUGAUUAAAUUUAUAAGAGAAAAUUUAGGUCCUGCAUUGAGAAACUCGGCUCACUCUGAUAUUAAUCUUUUAAUUCUUGAUGACCAGACUAACAAUCUACUCGACACGGCUCAUCAGAUAUUGUUAGAUGAGAAAGUUAACGAACUUGUUAAUGGCAUUGCUAUUCAUUGGUAUGAAGAUUCUGAAGAUACACCAGCAAAUUUAGAUACUACACAUGAACUGCAUCCAAAUAAAUUCAUUUUAGCAACAGAGGCCUGUAACGGAUACAAGUUAAAUGACGUCAUACUAGGAAGCUGGGAAAGAGGAGAAAUGUACGCUGAAAGUAUCUUGAAAGAUUUAAAUCAUUGGGUGGUCGGAUGGGUUGACUGGAAUAUGGCUCUAAAUCUUCAAGGAGGACCAACUUUUAUAGCAAAUUACGUCGAUGCUCCCAUUCUAGUUAACGCUACAGCUGAAGAAUUUUAUAAACAACCAAUGUACUAUGCUCUUGCACAUUUUUCGAAAUUUAUUCCUAAAGGGUCCUUUAGAGUUAAGUCUUCUGUUAUCAAUGAAGUUAUUUCUACUGCAGUAACAAGACCAGAUGGUGCUACUGCUGUCGUGAUUUUAAACAAAGAUGACAAGGAUGUAUCAGUAACAGUAAGAGAUGCAGGCAGAGGCGAUAUCAAUGUUCAUUUGACAAAAAAAUCGAUAACAUCUAUUGUAUAUUGGUAGUAAAUUAUGUUUAAAGUGUAAAUAAAUUAUUUAAAAAACUUUCA